AUGGCUUCCAGAUUAGAGGACGAUCUCUGCUGUUCUGUCUGCCGCGACAUCUUUAAAGAUCCUGUCAUCCUGUCAUGCAGCCACAGCUUCUGUAAAGACUGUCUGCAGAGCUGGUGGAAGGAGAAACAAACCAAAGAGUGUCCAGUUUGUAAGAGAAGAUCUAAGGGUCGUCCACCUCGUAACCUGGCGUUAAAGAACCUGUGUGAGAGUUUCUUACAGGAGAGAGAUCAGAGAGCUUCAGAGGCUCUCUGCAGUCUGCACUCUGAGAAACUCAAACUCUUCUGUCUGGACCAUCAGCAGCCAGUGUGUCACAUCUGCAGAGACUCAGAAAAACACACCAACCACAAAUUCAGACCCAUCAAUGAAGCUGCACAACAACACAAGAAGAAACUUCAGGAAACUCUGGAACCUUUAAAGAAGAAGUUAAAGGUUUUUAAAGAAGUUAAAGUGAAGUUUGAUCAAACAGCAGAACACAUUCAGGUCCAGGCCCGACGCACAGAGACGCAGAUUAAGGAGCAGUUUAAGAAGCUUCACCAGUUUCUAGAAGAGGAAGAGGAGGCCAGGAUGGCUGCACUGAGGGAGGAAGAGGAGCAGAAGAGUCAGAUGAUGAAGGAGAAAAUGGAGGCUCUGAGCAGAGAGAUAGCAGCGCUUUCAAACACAGUCAGAGGCACAGAGGACGAGCUGAGAGUUGAACAUGUCUCAUUCCUGCACAACUACAAGGCUGCAGUGGAAAGAGUCCAGCAGCUCCCCCUGCUGGAGGAUCCACAGCUGCCCUCAGGAGCUCUGAUAGACCAGGCCAAACACCUGGGCAACCUGGCCUUCAACAUCUGGAACAAGAUGAAGGACAUGGUCUCCUACAGUCCUGUCAUUCUGGACCCAAAUACUGCUAGUUCAGAACUCAUCCUGCCUGAUGAUCUGACCAGUCUGAGACCAGGAGGAGAGAAACAGCAGCUUCCUGAUAAUCCAGAGAGGAUUAAAGGUUACGGCUCUGUUCUGGGCUCUGAGGGCUUUAACUCAGGGACUCACAGCUGGGAGGUGGAGGUUGGAGACAAUACAAUCUGGCAACUGGGUGUGUUAGCAGAGUCUGUCCAGGGGAGAGGAGUCAUACUGUCUGGAUUAUGGAGAAUACAGUUCUUUGAAGAUAAAUACUUAGCAGUUUUACCAUCACGUGAGUUUACUGUUCUUGUAGUGCAGAAGAAGCCUCAGAGGAUCAGAGUGAAUCUGGACUGGAACAGAGGAAAGCUGUCGUUCUCUGAUGCUGACACUAACACACACAUACACACCUUCACACACACUUUCACUGAGAGGAUGUUUCCAUAUUUUUCCAAUGGAGAUUGGAAGAAUCCCCCACUGCAGGUUUUACCAGUGAAGGUCUCUGUGGCUGCAGGACAACAGAAAUAGACGAUCAGCAUCGUUCUGUUCAAGACGUCCUGAAGUCUUUGAGGAACAUGUGACUACGUUGUCCUCAU